AUGUCUCCUUUUUCGAUUGCUCUCUCUCUCUCUCUCUUUCUUUUUCUUUCAUCUUUUCUCAUCUUUUCUCUUUCUCUCUCUCUUUUCUCUCUCUCUCUCUCUUUCAUUCCCUAUUUUUUGAUCUGUCUUUCUUUUUCGUUUACUUUCUCCCCCUCGUUCUUCUUCUUUCGCUUACUUUAUUUUUCGUUUUAUAAUUUCGCUGUUUUAUCUUCGUUUUCUUUCUCUUUUUUUUCAUUAUUGCUUUCACUCGCCCCUCUCUCUCUCCCCCCUCUCUCUCUCUCUCUCUCUCUCUCUCUCUCUCUCUCUCUCACUCUCCCCGUCCAUACGGUAGUCUUCAUUUCUCUCACCUUCUCCUUGUCUCUCUCAUUCUUUCUUUCUUUUCUUUCUUUCUUUCUUUCUUUCUUUCUUUCUUUCUAUGAAGUUAUCUAUAUUUUAUUUUCUAUGUCUACAAGACAACGCUUAAUAUCUAUCUAUCUGAGUCUGUUCAUAUCUAUCUAUCUAUCUAUCUAUCUAUCUAUCUAUCUAUCUAUCUAUCUAUCUAUCUAUCUAUCUGAUGAUGAUGAUUAUGAUAUUCGUCUUUAUAUAUAUCCUGUCUCAGUCUAUCUAUCUAUCUAUCUAUCUAUCUAUCUAUCUAUCUAUCUAUCUAAAGACAUUCGUCUAUGUAUAUAUCCUCUCAGUCUAUCUAUCUAUCUAUCUAUCUAUCUAAAGACAUUCGUCUAUGUUCUAUCUAUCUAUCUAUCUAUCUAUCUAUCUAUCUAUCUAUCUAUCUAUCUAUCUAAAGACAUUCGUCUAUUCUAUCUAUCUAUCUAUCUAUCUAUCUAUCUAUAUAUCUAUAUAUCUAUAUAUCUAUCUAUCUAUCUAUCUAUCUAUCUAAAGACAUUCGUCUAUGUGUAUAUCCUGUCUCAGUCUAUCUAUCUAUCUAUCUAUCUAUCUAUCUAUCUAUCUAUCUAUCUAUCUAAAGACAUUCGUCUAUGUAUAUCUCCUCUCAGUCUAUCUAUCUAUCUAUCUAUCUAUCUAUCUAUCUAUCUAUCUAUCUAUCUAUCUAUCUAUCUAUCUAAAGACAUUCGUCUAUGUGUAUAUCCUGUCUUAAUCUAUCUAUCUAUCUAUCUAUCUAUCUAUCUAAAGACAUUCGUCCAUGUAUAUCUCCUCUCAGUCUAUCUAUCUAUCUAUCUAUCUAUCUAUCUAUCUAUCUAUCUAUCUAUCUAA